AGUGCCUCGCGGUCGUAUAUAAUCAAGUUCAUGGAACUUAACGGGCAAUUCAAUCGAAAACUGGAAACGUACUGAUAAAUGAAGUGAAAAUAUUCGACAGAACAGAAAACUUCAAUAGCAAACAGAGAAACGCGACAGGGAAAGAAGUAAACCGAAAAGAUAACAAAUAAGUGAAUUAACAUAACAUAUCUACAGAACAUAUUCGACAGAAAACAAUGAGUGGAAAAACUCCAGCGAUCGGCAUUGACCUAGGCACUACGUACUCGUGCGUCGGGGUGUUUCAGCACGGGAAAGUGGAGAUAAUCGCUAAUGACCAAGGAAACCGCACCACGCCCAGCUAUGUGGCGUUCACGGACUCCGAAAGACUGAUAGGAGAUGCUGCGCAAAACCAGGCCGCCAUGAACCCGGAAAACACCAUUUUCGAUGCCAAGCGUCUUAUCGGUCGAGAAUACAGCGAUGCCAACGUCCAGAGCGACAUGAAGCACUGGCCGUUCAGGGUUGUAAGUGAGAGCGGAAAACCGAAGAUUGAGGCGGCAUACAAGGGUGAGACGAAGCGGUUCGCACCGGAAGAGAUCAGCUCUAUGGUGCUGACAAAAAUGAAAGAGACAGCAGAGGCUUACCUGGGGAGCAGAGUCCGUGACGCCGUCAUCACCGUGCCGGCGUAUUUCAAUGACGCCCAGCGGCGAGCAACUAAAGACGCCGGAGCCAUUGCAGGAUUAAAUGUGCUCAGAAUCAUCAACGAGCCGACAGCCGCCGCCCUGGCGUAUGGACUUGAUAAGAACCUCAAGGGAGAAAAGAACGUGCUCAUAUUUGACCUCGGCGGUGGUACAUUUGAUGUGUCCAUACUGACCAUCGACGAGGGUUCGCUGUUUGAAGUUCGAUCCACAGCCGGCAACACGCAUCUCGGAGGUGAAGACUUUGAUAAUCGAAUGGUGAGCCAUUUCGUGCAAGAGUUUAAUAGAAAACAUGGCAAGGACAUAAGCAAGAACGCAAGAAGCAUUCGCCGCCUGAGAACUGCCUGUGAGCGCGCCAAGAGGACACUGUCUAGUGGAACGGAAGCGAGCAUAGAGAUCGACUUAUUGUACGAAGGUCUUGACUUUUACACAAAGAUAACACGCGCCCGGUUUGAGGAGCUGUGCGCGGACCUCUUCCGGGCCACCUUAGAGCCGGUGGAGAAAGCGCUGCGAGAUGCCAAGCUGGACAAGUCCCGGAUACACGAGGUAGUGUUGGUCGGUGGCUCGACUCGCAUCCCUAGGGUCCAGAAGCUUCUACAGGAGUUCAUGAACGGCAAGGAGCUCAACAAGUCGAUCAACCCGGAUGAGGCGGUGGCGUACGGUGCCGCUGUCCAGGCCGCUAUCUUGUCCGGCGACCGCUCGGAGGCGAUCAAGGAUGUCCUGCUUGUGGAUGUAGCGCCGCUUUCGCUGGGCAUCGAGACCGCGGGAGGCGUAAUGACCAAACUGAUUGAACGAAACACCAAGGUGCCGACGAAGGCUACACAGACAUUCACCACAUACGCCGACAACCAGCCGGCGGUCACCAUCCAGGUUUACGAAGGCGAGCGGGCCAUGACCAAGGACAACAAUCGACUCGGCACUUUUGACCUCACGGGAAUCCCACCCGCAUCCAGAGGCGUGCCUCAGAUUGAGGUCACGUUUGAUAUCGACGCUAACGGCAUCAUGAAUGUGACGGCGGAGGACAAGAGCACUAAGCGUAGAAACAACAUCACGAUCACGAACGACAAGGGUCGUCUUUCCAAGGACGACAUCGAACGAAUGGUGAACGAUGCGGAGAAAUAUCGUGAGGAGGACGAGAAACAGCGAGAGCGAGUCAACUGCAGAAGCAAACUGGAAAACUACGUGUUUGGCGUCAAGCAAGCGGUCGCUGUGGCCGAUGAGAGCAAAGUGUCGUCUGCGGACAAAGACAAAGUGAACCGGAUAUGCGAGGAGUGCUCGAGGUGGCUGGACAAUAACUCGCUGGCGGACAGAGACGAGUUCGAACACAAACUGGAGGAGGUUCAGAAGCAGUGCGCACCCAUCAUGGUCAAACUGCAUGGCGGUCAAGGCCAGACAGGCGCUACCGGAAAUUCCGGGCGUAAGGGGCCGACUGUGGAGGAAAUGGACUAACUGUAAUCUCUCACUUUAAUCUAUUCUGUAUAUAUAAACUUUUAUUUAUAAUUUACAUGUGGUGUUCCAACUGGAUGUUCAUGUAUUAGUUUUCAAUAUUAUUAUGUUUGAUCAAGUACGUUUUCACACAUUGAUAUGUACACUUCAGUUUCAUGUUAAGUUUGAUCGUUUACGUAAUCAUACAUUCUAUGUUUACUCACGUUGUUGUAAAUAUUUUGUGGUUGUUUAAUACGUUGCAAUAA